AUGCUUAGAGCUUUCAGAAGCGCCGUCCCACGCGCCCAGGUGUUGAAGGCACAACUCAGACCGGUGGUUGGUGGUCCUUUCACCAAGCGUUGGUUCGCCAGCGCCACCGACUCCUUCUUGCAAGGCAACAACUCCAACUACAUCGACGAAAUGUACGAUGCCUGGAGACAAGACCCCACCAGUGUGCACGUCUCGUGGCAGGCAUACUUCAAGAACAUCGAGUCCGACCAUGUGCCUACCUCGCAGGCCUACUCGGCUCCUCCCACCAUCAUCCCCACUCCUGCUGGCGGAGCCGCCGGUUUCGUGCCUGGCUCGCUGCCCAUGAGCGAGGACGUGGUCACUCACUUGAAGGUCCAGUUGUUGGUGCGUGCCUACCAGGUCAGAGGCCACCAAAAGGCCAAGAUUGACCCCUUGGGCAUCUCCUACGGUGAGAACUCCGACAUCCCCAAGGAAUUGACCUUGGACUACUACGGCUUCUCGGAAGCAGACUUGGAAAAACAGAUCACCUUGGGCCCAGGAAUCUUGCCCAGAUUCGCCGAGGCCGGCAAGAAGUCGUUGUCGUUGAAGGAGAUCAUCGCCAACUGUGAAAAGUUGUACUGCCAAUCCUACGGUGUGGAAUACAUCCACAUCCCCUCCAAGGAGCAAUGUGACUGGUUGAGAGAAAGAAUCGAAAUCCCAACCCCCUUCAAGUACUCCGCCGACCAAAAGAGACAGAUCUUGGACCGUUUGAUCUGGGCCUGUUCCUUCGAAUCGUUCUUGGCCACCAAGUUCCCUAACGACAAGAGAUUCGGUUUGGAAGGUGCCGAGGCUAUCGUCCCCGGUUUGAAGGCCUUGAUCGACACCUCAGUCGAGUAUGGUGUCGAGGACGUCGUCAUCGGUAUGCCCCACAGAGGUAGAUUGAACAUGUUGUCCAACGUUGUGCGUAAGCCCAAUGAGUCUAUCUUCUCUGAAUUCACUGGUUCCAAGGAAUUCGACGAAGGUUCUGGUGAUGUCAAGUACCACUUGGGUAUGAACUACGCCAGACCAACCACCUCCGGUAAGCACGUCAACUUGUCGCUUGUGGCCAACCCAUCCCACUUGGAAGCUGAAGACGGUGUCGUUUUGGGUAAGACCAGAGCCAUCAUGCAGUACAAGAACGACAUUGGUGAGUACAAGAAGGCCAUGCCUGUCUUGUUGCACGGUGAUGCCGCUUUCUCCGCCCAAGGUGUGGUUUACGAGACCAUGGGUUUCGCCAACUUGCCAGCCUACUCCACUGGUGGUUGUAUCCACAUCAUUGUCAACAACCAGAUUGGUUUCACCACUGACCCAAGAUUCGCCAGAUCCACCUUAUACCCAUCCGACAUUGCCAAGGCUAUCAACGCUCCUAUCUUCCACGUGAAUGCCGACGAUAUCGAGGCCUGUAUCUUUGUCUUCAACUUGGCUGCUGAAUGGAGAGCCACUUUCCACUCUGAUGUCAUCAUUGACGUUGUUGGUUACCGUAAGCACGGUCACAACGAAACCGAUCAACCAUCUUUCACCCAACCAUUGAUGUACCAAAAGAUCGCUGAAAAGAAGUCCGUUCUUGACUACUACACCACCCAAUUGAUCGAAGAAGGUUCUUUCACCACCGAGGACGUCAACGAGCACAAGAAGUGGGUCUGGAAUCUCUUAGAAGAGUCUUUCAGCAAGUCUAAGGAGUACGAGCCAACUUCCAGAGAAUGGUUGAGUACCCCAUGGGAAGACUUCAAGUCUCCAAAGGAAUUGGCCACCGAAGUCUUGCCUCACUUGCCAACCGCUGUUGAAGAAGACACCUUGAAGAAGAUCGGAAACGCUAUCUCUGAAGCUCCAGAAGGUUUCGAAAUCCACAGAAACUUGAAGCGUAUUUUGAACACCAGAAAGAAGUCUGUUGAAACCGGUAAGGACAUUGACUGGGCUACUGGUGAAGCCUUGGCUUUUGGUUCUUUGGCUUUGGAAGGUUACCACGUCAGAGUUUCCGGUCAAGAUGUUGAAAGAGGUACUUUCUCUCAACGUCACGCCGUCUUGCACGACCAAUCUUCUGAAAAGACCUGGACUCCAUUGAACCACUUGUCUGAAGACCAAGGUGCUUUCAGCAUUUCUAACUCCUCCUUGUCCGAGUACGGUGUCAUGGGUUUCGAAUACGGUUACUCCUUGACCUCUCCAGAUGCUUUGGUUCAAUGGGAAGCUCAAUUCGGUGAUUUCGCUAACACUGCCCAAGUUAUCAUUGAUCAAUUCAUUGCUGCUGCCGAAUCCAAGUGGAAGCAACGUUCCGGUAUUGUCUUGUCCUUACCUCACGGUUACGAUGGCCAAGGUCCAGAACACUCUUCCGGUAGAAUUGAAAGAUACUUGCAAAUGUGUAACGAAGACCAACGUUUCUUCCCUGCCCCAGAAAAGUUAGAACGUCAACAUCAAGACUGUAACAUGCAAGUUGCUUACCCAACCACCCCAUCCAACUUGUUCCACUUGUUACGUCGUCAAAUGCAUAGACAAUUCAGAAAGCCUUUGGUUCUUUUCUUCUCCAAGUCCUUGUUGCGUCACCCAUUGGCCAGAUCUCCAUUAGAAGAAUUCAUUAACGAUUCUCACUUCCAAUGGAUCAUUGAAGACAUUGAAUUGGGUAAGUCUAUUGCUCCAAAGGAGGAGAUCAAGCGUAUUGUUCUCUGUACCGGUCAAGUUUACGCUGCCUUGCACAAGAAGCGUGCUUCUAUCGAAGACAAGCACACUGCCUUCAUCAAGGUUGAACAAUUGCAUCCUUUCCCAUACGCUCAAUUGCGUGAUGCUAUUAACAGCUACCCUGCCGUUGAAGAUUUGGUCUGGUGUCAAGAAGAACCAUUGAACAUGGGUGCUUACUCUUUUGUUGCCCCUCGUCUUGCUGUCACUAUUGAGCAAACUGACAAGUCUGGCUUGACUUUGCGUUAUGCCGGUCGUGACCCAUCUGCCUCUGUUGCUGCUGGUUCCAAGUCCAUGCACACUACUGAAGAAGAAGCUUUCUUGGCUGAAGUCUUCCAAGAGAACUAG